UCUCGCCAUUUUUGUGUGGCCGGAUUUGUUUCAGAGUUGGGUGAGGUAGGAUUAACUAUACGAAGUUAUUGAAAUUAAUUAAUGUUAUAAUUUUUUUUUUGUUUUAGAACUAUAUUGGACUUUGGUAAAGGUCCACACAAUGGGAAACAUAUUUGCUAAUCUAUUCAAAGGCCUAUUUGGCAAAAAAGAAAUGCGUAUUCUGAUGGUUGGGCUUGAUGCUGCAGGAAAAACAACAAUUUUAUACAAAUUAAAAUUAGGAGAAAUUGUUACUACUAUUCCCACUAUAGGAUUUAAUGUCGAAACAGUAGAAUACAAGAAUAUAAGCUUCACUGUAUGGGAUGUAGGUGGGCAAGAUAAAAUUAGACCUCUCUGGCGUCAUUAUUUCCAAAACACACAAGGUCUUAUAUUUGUAGUUGACAGUAAUGACAGGGAACGUAUUGGAGAAGCUAGGGAAGAAUUAAUGAGGAUGUUGAAUGAAGAUGAACUAAGAGAUGCUGUUCUCCUUAUUUUUGCUAAUAAACAGGAUCUUCCAAAUGCCAUGAAUGCAGCAGAAAUCACAGACAAACUAGGCCUUCAUUCGCUGAGAAACCGUAACUGGUACAUCCAAGCCACCUGUGCUACCAGUGGAGAUGGGUUGUAUGAGGGACUUGACUGGCUAUCUAAUCAACUUAAAAACCCAAAAUAAAAAUUCUUUAAACCAUAAUAUUUUCUCUUCAACACCAGCAGGGGUAAAACUGAACAUCAAGUCAGACCCCUUGAAAAUAUUGUAUAAAAAUAUCAGAAUUGCCUAGACACACAAAACACCUUUCAGUUUAUAUUUGAACCUCACUUGCCUACAAUGUAUCGAGCCAGGAAGGUAUGACAUUUCUUGCAGUCCUGACAUUGUUAAUGUUACAUACAAUUCUUCAUUAUUCCAGAUUUGUAAUUGUUUUAAUACUUUGUUAUAAUUAACUGGCCCGAUACAUUCCAAGGAAAAGCACUAGAUAUUUGCAUGAGGAGACAAGUUAUACAACAGUUAGUAAAACUAUUUGGUCUUAAAGUAUUGAUUAACCGCAAAAUUACGUUAUUUGUUUGAAAAUUUAAAUUCAUGUUGUAUAUAGCUGAGAAGAAAUUUGACUCUCUCUCUCUCUAUCUGGUACUACAAAUGCAUAUAAAUCAACUGCUGUUUUUUGUUUUUUAUGGCUUUUGGUGUCAAAGCACAUAUUGCAAGUUUUCACUGUUGUAUUUGGUGUGAUUGAAGGAAGUGUAGUGAGGGAGCUGGCACUCACUCAGUGAUAGUGCAGUCUAGGCUAGUUCGCAUUAUUAACUGUUUUUGUCUGUAUGUUGGAAAUGAUUAAACACUUGCCAAUAUAAAUGUCUAUGACUAGUUUCUAAAUGUAAAUUCUCAAAGAAUUUUAAAGAAAAAAUUGGAAUUAAUAUUUCAUAAGAUCUGGGUAAUUGUUAUAGUAUUUAAAAUUGUAUAAUUCAUAAAAAAAAAUCCAGAAGUUCAUACUAUCUAUUGAUUUUUGUAGUUCGUGUACAGAUGGAAUCUUUGGGAACAUGAGUUUUUUUAUAUUUAAUUAUUUGUAAUAUUUCAUUAAAAUAUUUUGAAAAAGGAAAACUAAAAUUGUUGAUGAGUAUAAUAAUUACAUUGUUUUAUUUUUGUUCCUUCUGUGUAAACCCCAAAAAAUUUGCUUUAAAACUUUUAAGACAAAUUAUUUCUAAGUUAAAUCUUUUUUAUUUCAUCUGUUGAGUACCAAAGGCAUAAUGUAGUAGAACAGGUAUGUGAAAGUCAUUGAACAAUGAAAAUAGUUGUAUACAUUGUAUAACAAUUGUCUUAAUUAUUGAAAUAUUUAAACCAAAGUUAUUAAAAAACAAAGACACUGUGAAGUUGACUGUCUUGUAUAUGUCAUCAUAUGAAAUUUAAGCACAACGACAUGAAAUAACUUGUAACCAUGUAUCUUUUAUAAUGAUGUAAAUUAGCUAUAGCUAGGUCCUAUGAACUUGGACUUGGAAGUACACAUGAUCAUCAAUGUGUCAUACAAAUAAAGUAUUUAAUUUCUUCCCUAAAAAUAUGCAUGUUACGGAUGAAAAUAAGUAAUCUUUAUAUGAAGUGGUUAUCUUUAAAACUGAUAUAUAUAAUAAUAAAUUGGUAUUAAACACUUAUUUCUAUAUAAAGAAAUUGAGCAACAAAAAGAAAACUUUAAACCUGCUUACUUCUGUACCUACACCCCUUGUUGUCUCAUUGUAAGUCUGAGGGCUUACAAUAAAUAAAAUCAGGUUUCUAUACUAAUGGUAGACACUGCUAAAAUAGUCCGUUGUGUAGCUAUGUAACCUUUGGUAAACCUAAAGCCAGAUCAGGCUGAUUACAUGUGCCAUCAUUACAUUCAUAUGCAAGUAACGUUAGUUCCAAGUUCUUGACAUGGGUGAGAUGGUUAAAUGUACAAACAAAUAUUUGCUAAAUUAGUAAAAGAAACAUUCUUAUAUACAAUCAACAUUAAUUUUUGGAGGCUUAAAAAUUAUUAUUUUGGGGAUAUUGUAGCUUUGUGCAGGUUCAUCUACAAACAUAAACAUACAUAGUGCAUAAUUAGAAUAUCUUAAAUACUAAUUGUAUAACAAAUUUGUAACAGUAUUGCAUGCAAAAUCGUUGUACUUUCUUAAAACAACAUGUUAUGUUAAGGUGUUUUAACAAAGGAUAAUUGUAACUUGCUGAAAAUAUACAUCUUUGAUACAUGUAAAGUUGUCUUACCUAACUUUUAAAUACAAAAUCAUGCAAAUAUUUUAGAUGUAUUCCAUUUAGAAAUGUCCUUCAGAAGCUCAGCAGCAAGUCUUACGGCUUAUAAUGCUAAAGUAGAUAUUUAAGUACCUGCAGUAGGCACAGCACAGGUAGCCUAUUGUGUAGCUUUGUACUUAAUAACGAGUCAUCUACUAUUUAUAUACCAUAUCACAUACUGUCAAGAUAUUUAUAUGAAACUAGUUACUUUUGACUUUUGUAUCCAUUUAUUGCCAUGUAAUAUCCUCAUAUUUAAUUUAGUUUGUGCAUUUUAAAUUAUAUUAUAGUUUUGUGUUACAAAAGUUUCAAGUUAUUUCUGUAGAUACUAAAACAAGUAUUUUUAAGUAAAAUUCAUUGUAUCCUUUUACAGUCGCUUUUAUGUAUAAAUAAAUGUAGUAAUUCUUGCAAAACCUAACAUUUUAUUGAUACCAAAUUUUACAAACUACAAUAUAUACUAGCUAUCAUUUCUACAACAAUGUGCAAAUCUGCAAAUGUAAUGUCUUUUUUGAAAUAUCUUUAAUUAUUCUGAUGCAAACUAUUUCACAAGAUGUUUUAAAAACAUUUAAAAAAUCAACUCAUAAAUGUUUAGUUCACACAAUAGAUCAGUGACAAAUUUAUGAACUUACUAAAACACUAAAAUCAAAGGUUCAGUUACCCACGUUAGACAGGAUGCAUAUAGUCCAUUAUGUAGCUUUAUGCUGACAAUACAAGAACAAUCACACAUUGAAUAGGUAACAUAAGUGCUUGCAUUACUGAACAACUUAAAUACUGUAUGUGUACCUAAUAUUUAGAUUACACGUUUACUAUAUCCAGUAUGUUUUAGUUGAAGUUUUGAAAGUAAUAAUGUAAGUAAUUAACAGCAGUAAUAUGCUUUGUUGUUAUUGUAUCACUAAGGUAGGAUUUAUUCUGUAGAUCAGAUAUUUUGUUUCUUAGCAUAAAGUUUUAUCCAUUUAUUUUCUUUGUCCUGUUGAUAACUCUUACUAAUAUGAAAUUCUUUCUCAUUUACUACUUUAGUAUGUAGCCCUGAUUUUUUCUCAAUUUACCAUUCUUAGAUGAUAUACUUUGCUGACUGUUGCUAACUUCUUAACUGACUACAAUCUGCUAUUGUACUAAUUUAUUCUCCUUUUGAUUCAAUCUGUCAAUGAAAUUGGUGUCUCCUCCCCCCCCCCCCCUUUAUACCACAAUGAUGAACUUAGGUGGGGAGGGUAAGCUAGUGUUUAGCAUACCAUAUUGUGAAUCUGAGUCUGUAAUUUAUUGUCACAAAAUUGUGCAUUGUAAGAAGGAUGGUCAGAUUCCCAAUUAGAGUAGUCCAAUAGUUGACAGUGAGUGGGUGACAUUGGCUAGCAUAGAUAGCCAUUGAAUAGCUUUGCAUGAAUAUCCAAAACAAAUAAAAUCUGUAUUGAUGUCACAUAUGAUCCAACACUAGACUUUCAAAGCCAAGAUUUUCACAAUGUUAGAAAUCAAAGUUUUUUAGUUUCUCUGUGCUUUUAGACAUCAUGAAUGGUAGUGAACUAAUUAAUAUCUGUAUUGAUUUUACAUUCAAGUACUAUACCGAAAUCUUCUGUUAAAUUCAUUCUGGUGGAAGACUAUCCAAAAAUGGUCACUUCAAAGAACUAGCUAAGGGUUUUUUACUGUACUAUUAGUAUUUUUUUAUUAUUUCUAAAUAUUAAAAUGUCUUAUCUGAUGAUGACAACUUCGUUUAGCUGUGAUUAUGUAUUUUUCCAUUACGAUGUGGUGCUACACUUGGAUCUUCAUAGUUUCAAUCAUUCUUCUCAUAAUAAUUAAUGUUUUUCUCUCCCAAUGCAUUUAGUAUCAAUACAGUAGCAUUUUAUGCAGAUGUUACCUCAUUACAUUGCGAUUCCAUUUGAAUUGUAAAUCUCAACUAAUCAUAAUUAAGUUACUUGCAUUUUCCAUCAGGCAAUCCCUUUAAUUUGCAUUUUUCUGCUGAAAUGCAGAAGUUACUUUGUGUUCUUCGACAACAGAAAAUUUUGUAAACAAGUUCCGUGCUUUACUCCUUUACCUGUGUAGAAGUUUUCAGUUGUACUAUAAAAAGUGUCCCAGAAGUCUGGACCCAUA